CGGUCGGUCUACAAGAGAAAAGUCUGGCCCCACUUUAUCGCCAAAGUUGUUGCCAAUUAUAAUUGCGAAUUUGGGAACAAGCAGCAACAACAACACCAAGCAGAGCAGCAACAGCAGCAGCGGUAGCGAAAAUAAAAACAACGCAGCUCCACAGCGCCAGUAGUCAAUGAAGUGAACGCGAACUUAAAACCUGUGCGCCGCUCUCGCCAUCGCACACUCUCUUUCGUGAGUGUGUGUGAGUCUGUGUGUGUUUGUGUGUGUGUGUGUGCUUGCGAAUUUGGAUAGCUUACGCGCCCCCACAAGCCCCACGGCCCCCGCCCUCUUGCCUUUUUGCCCAGCGGAGCACCUGAAGCACCUGGAGCACCUUGAGCGCACACCUGUCACUGCGAGCGUUGUUUUAUCCGCCGAAGAGGCUGGAGGCGUGACAAAUCCUUAGAAAUUACCACCAGCUGUUCGCUGGUAGUCCCCGAUAGCAAGCAGCUCCUCCGACUGAAGCGGGCCUUCAGAGGGGAGCCGCCUCCCACCCGAGCGAGCGAGAGAAAGAGAUACACCCUUGAACUCCCAGGAGGAGAGGAGAGCUUCUCGGUGAGAGUUCGCUAUUGCUGCUGCUGAGAGCGCCUGGAUGCCCGGUUUCCACCUCAAUGAAAUGGGUGAAAUGGUCCUGGACGCCAUCGACGACAUCGGCGUGGUCGAUGUCUAUGACCUGGCCUCCGAUAUUGGCAAGGAGUACGAGCGGAUCAUGGACCGCUUCGGAACGGAUGCGGUGAGUGGUCUGAUGCCGAAGAUCAUCAAUACGCUAGAGCUCCUAGAGGCGCUGGCCACGAAGAACGAGCGCGAGAAUUCCACCAUCCAGGAGCUGCGCGACAAGGUCGCCCAGCUGGAGAGCGAGAAGCUGGAGAAGGCCGAGUUCCGGCGUCGCUUCGAAAAGGAGUUGGAACUCAUAGAGGAGCAGUGGCGCAGCGAGACCAAUGAGCUGGUGGAUCUGGUCUCCUCGUUGCAGGACGAAAACAAGCGCCUGGUCAAGCAGACGCAGGAUCUGCAGUCGUCUUCCGCGCAGAGCUCCGGACUGGGAGCCAGUCUCACUGAGAGCAUCAUCAGCAUGACCAAUAACGAGCUCCACAGCGCUCUGUCGGACACGCAAGUGCUGCAGCGGCUCAAGGAGCAGAUCUACAAGCAGCGGGACGAACUGAAGCAGCGGGAGCGCGAGCUGCAGGACAAGUACAGCGAGCUUGAGCACCUCAACAUACAGGCGGAGCGCCUAAAGGCCUCUGAGCGGGACACCCGCCGGCGUCACAAGCUGAUGCAGGCCCAGGUGAAGACGCUGUGCGAGGAGCGCGCCGAUUUCCUGGCCCAACUGCAGGAUCAGAGCCGGGAGAUCAACCAGCUGCGUAAGCGCCUGGGCCUCGCCGAAAAGGAGAACGAGGACCUGGUGGCCUCCUACGAUGACGGCCAAAACGAUCCGAACCGGCCGCGGUACACCACGCGAGAGCUGAAAGAGCUGAUAAGCGAGCGGGACGAGCUACUGACCACCAUCGACGGCCUCAACGAGCAGCUGGCGGAGCUAAAGCCGCCUAGUCAGGCGAAGGCCAAGCGCCAGCGCCACUUUUCCAGCUCGGACGACAGCGACGACGAGGACGACGGUCAUGUGGCGGACAACGACGACGACGAGGAGGAGGAGGAGGCCACCGAGGCGGACGUGCCGGCUGCCGGUGAAACACCCCCCGGACACGAUGCUCCAGUGCAGGGACCGCUGCCCUAUGAACCGGAUGACGCACCCUGGAAAAAGAGCUCCGAGUCGGGAAUACGCAAGUUCUUCCGGAAACUAUUCUCGGAUCCUUCGGAUGGAAACAAUACAUUCCCGAAACGUUCCUUGGCCACGCUCUCGAAGAUGGCACUCUCGGCCACGCCCGGUUCCGUAUCCGCCUCCGAGGCGGCGAAUUUGGCCAGUAGUUGCCUCUACCUGUCCCUGUCCCUCGCCAUUUACCUGCUCCGGUGGAGCUGUACAUACAUAGUAUACACACUCGAUUGCUGUGCCCUCGUAAUUCUAAGUUGUUAUGCGAUUUUAUUUACGUAAUACGCCUUUUUCGUAAUCCCCUAAUCCUUAAACCGUAAUCCCUAAUUCGUAAUCCGUAAUCCGUAACAGUACUGGGUAUUUUAUACAAAAAUUCACUUUGUAUGUUUUUUGUACUUUGUAUUUAAUCUUAACUUAACGUCUACAAAUUAAGAAUCAAAAACACACACAUCACACACCACACACAAUACACACACACCAUAACCGGAAGGACACAAAGAUAUAUGCCAGAAAAGGUUAUAGAAGAGAGGAGUUUUAAUGAAUUUAUAAAAGUAAAGUCGAAAGAAGAGACGACCUCGAACAAAAACCCCAAAACUAUUAACUGAAUCGAGGAGGCAAUCUGUUGCCAGGGAGUGCCAGUGGAAGCCCAACUAUGUGUAGACUAACCCAUCCCCCAACCCACAUUCCCCAUCCAUGAUCACCGAUCUGUAUUCCUGCACUCCCCAAAAGUAUUUUAGCAUUCUCAUAGCAGUUGCCCCAAGCGGCCUUAUAUAUUACAAAUUUAUCAAAAUACGCAAAAAAACGUUUAGAAAAUGGAGUAUCGAAAUCGAAAUCGAAUCCAAAAUGCAAAAAAAAAAGUAUAUAAAUAUAUAUAAUUGAUAUAUAAUUAGCAAACGUUACAACCUUAGCGCAUUGUUUGUUGAAUUGAAUUUAAAACUAAACACUAAACGAAAGCAAAUUAAGCAAAUUAGAUUCCAUUUAGAGUGCAGAAGAUGCCAAAAGAAUAAAAUAUUAAAGCAGUGAGUGUUUUAGCCAAAAGGACUUAGCCAUUAACCAGCUCUCUAACUAACUAUCUACUACUCGACUUGAAACGCCUCGUGCCCCAGAGAUAGAGAUACCAGGCCAUGUACAUCCCCCCAUCUCCAGAUCUCAGACGCUUCUCCCAGAGUCCUUGGACCCUGGACUCGCUUUCGGUUCAUUCCGCUAUUUCACCUUGGUUUGGAUCCAGUGACUUGAUCUGCUUUAUUUACAUAUAUGCUAUCUAAUAGUUUGACAUCCGAGUAGUUCUGUUUCUGUGGAACAGGGUUAGAGUCGCCCCCGAAAGUAAGCACAAAGCGAGGAAACUCCAGUUACAUAUCAGCUUCGUCGAUUGCAUCGAUCUAAAUGUGCCAAAGACUAAUUGUCAGACAGCCCUAAAGACCCCAAAGCCCCGAGAAUCCCCCAGAAGCUCCCACUCCCCCAGCACCCCAUCCCACCCCCCUAUCAGUAUCAAUCAAUCUCGUCUCAAUUAAAAAAAAACAAUCUUUGGCAAAUCAACUGAACUUUUACUAUAUAUGUAUGGAUGUAUGGAUGUACAUCCUCUGACUAAGAUGGACUAACAAAAAAGAAACGAUUAUUAGAAUUGGAGGUAGGGAUUUGGAGAAGAAUCGAAGACAUGAAGACGAAGAACCAGAACGAGAACGAGAACGAAGACAGUUGAGCGAUGCCGAGACAUUGAGAGUUUUUGGUGAAUUAAUGUUAACUAAAUUUAUAUAUACAUAUACACAUGCAUUAUACAUAAUAUACUUUACUAUAUACUAUGUAAUACCGUAUUAUAUGGAACUAUGACUAACCAAAAAGAAAUGGCAACAAUUAUACAAAAUUAAAAAACAAAAACAAAAAAAAAGACACAAAAGCAAGAGUCGCAAUUAGACGUACGAGAGUGCCCAAAAAUGGACCAUAGGAUCCGGACGCGGACUGACGGACCAUCGGAUCCACGGCGCGGAAAGGACAACAGGGAGAGUGCAAUGGGACCCAGGAGGAGGACUCCUCACGCGGGCAUCCUGUGCGAUCCCAGUACGUAUUUACAAUUCAUGUUUGGUCGGAAGUUAAUCCAACCAAAGUCAACAAUAAAACUUAUGAACCAUUAA